GCCGAUUACGGAGCCGUUUCGAUCUCUUUCUUUCCUGCCGAAUCCAAAACAGAACGCUCCAGCGGCUCUUCUCCCCUCCCUCCACCUUCUUCUCCCCUCCCUCUCGCCCUCCGCGGGGCAAAACCCUAGAUCCUCCUCCCGCUUAAACCCUCCAACAAGCGCGGCGGCAGGAUGGCGGAGCCGUCCAAGGUGAUCCACAUCCGGAACGUCGGCCACGAGAUCACCGAGGCCGAUCUGCUCCAGCUGCUGCAGCCGUUCGGCUCGGUAUCCAAGCUCGUCAUGCUGCGUGGCAAGAAUCAGGCCCUUCUCCAGAUGCAAGACAUUCAUUCUUCCGUGAGCGCGCUGCAGUACUACAGUGGUGUCCAACCUAGCGUAAGGGGAAGGCAUGUUUACAUGCAAUUUUCAUCCCAUCAAGAACUUACCACUGACCAGAGCUCUCAUAGCCGGAAUUCUGAUCAGGAAUCAGAACCCAACCGAAUCCUUCUAGUUACCGUCCACCACGUGCUCUAUCCUAUAUCGGUGGAGAUUCUGCAUCAAGUUUUCAAAGCAUAUGGAUAUGUGGAGAAGAUUGUCAAAUUUCAGAAGUCAGCUGGCUUUCAGGCCCUCAUCCAGUAUCAAUCACGUCAUGAGGCUGUGGAAGCACUUGCUGCUUUGCAUGGAAGGAACAUAUAUGAUGGUUGCUGCCAGCUAGACAUCCAAUAUUCCAAUCUCUGCGAACUGCAAGUCCAUUUCAACAAUGAAAGAACUAGGGAUUUCACGAAUCCAUCAUUGCCUACAGAACAACGUCCAAGGCCCUCCCAGCAAGGUUUUCCAGAUCCUGGGGGUCUCCAUCCUUUCCAACAACCUGGAGGUCCGUAUACACAGAUGGGAAGAGCUGCAACGGUUGCAGCUGCAUUUGGUGGAACUUUACCGCCUGGAGUGACCGGUACCAAUGAACGGUGCACACUGAUAGUCAGUAAUUUGAACACUGAUAAAACCAACGAGGAUAAGCUUUUCAAUCUCUUCUCUUUAUAUGGAAACAUAGUUCGAAUCAAGGUGCUGCACAACAAACCAGAUCUUGCCCUUGUAGAAAUGGCUGAUGGGUUACAGGCCGAGCUAGCUGUGAACUAUCUAAAGGGGGCCACGCUAUUUGGCAACAAGUUGGAAGUCAACUACUCGAAGUACCCCACCAUAACCCCUGCCCCUGACGCGCACGACUACAUCAACUCGGGCCUUAACCGCUUCAACAGCAACGUGGUGAAGAACUACCGGCACUGCUGCGCUCCAACCAAGAUGAUCCACGUCUCCGCCCUCGCACAAGACGUCUCCGAGGAAGCGCUCCUCGCCCAUCUGUCUGAGCACGGCUCUGUCGUCGGCACGAAGCUGUUCGAGGUGAACGGCAAGAGGCAGGCCCUCGUCCUGUUUGAGAGUGAAGAGGAGGCGACCGAGGCCCUCGUGUCGAAGCACGCCACCCCGCUGGAGGGGGGCACCAUCCGGAUCUCGUUUUCCCAGAUGCAGAGUCUGUAGAUACGCUCUCCCAGGGAUAUAGCUUUGCUUGGCUGCCACUCGGUCCAAUGCUUUUGCGUCCUCUCUCUUUUCUUUUUAGGAAGCUUUGAAUGGUCCUUCAGAUGUGAAUUCUCUUCCCGACCGCUGCUUUGUCUUUGCUAUUCUCUCCCUGAGCCACGUCCCGAGUUCUCCCUUGUUGGUUUAAAGGUGACCAGAGGAUUGUACUGCGUGCUGUGCUCGUAUGAAUUAUGAAUGAAAGAAAUCUACAGGAAAAGAAAAGAGUGCAGAUCAUGCGAUUGUUGUGUUUGUGUUUCUGGUUGAUCCUUGCUCAUUGCUGUGUAGCAACUGGGAUUGAAGGGCACGUUGAUGUUAAAAGAUGCUUGAGUAACUGCGCUGUGAUUUUUUUUUCUAAAGCUAUGACAACUAGGGUUUCCCCUCUCCGUGGCAAAUUAAUUUCUUCUAAUCAGACAAGAGCGUCCAUAAGAAAGGGGGGUUGGGGCUGCCCUCCUAUGGGCUUCGUGAAACUAAAUGUUGACGCGUCUUUUGAUCAUGACAUACUAACGGGGAUGAUGGGUGCAGUCUUGAGAGACGACAAAGAUAGAUUUAUUGCGGGAGGAAAUGGAAAGAUCGAAUAUUGUACGGAUGUUCUGAUGGCAGAAGCGUUAGCCCUGAAAUUUGGCUUAACUUUGGCACAAAGGGCGGGGUGUAACCGUCUAAUCAUCAACUCAGACAAUAUGGAGGUGAUUGAGACCAUGCAGGAUGGAGGACAAUCAGCGGGUGCGGCGGCGGCCAUAUUUGAUGACUGUUUUCACUAUGCAUGUGAUUUUGCCGUGACUAGAUUCGAACAUUGUAAUAGAAAGGCAAACAAAGUAGCUCAUGAACUUGCUAGAUUAGCUAGAUUUUCUGUGACUUUGGAUUGGUUUGAAGAGCCUAUCAAUGAAAUUGUAAUGAUCCUCACAAACGAUGUACUGAUUAUUUCAAAUGAAUAAAGUCUUGUUUUAACUCAAAAAAAAAAUUCUUCUAAUCAGACUGCCUUCAAUAAAGGAAGAUUUAUCCUGAAAAGUGUGGUCAUGGCCUAUGAGGUUAUUCAUGAAUUACACAAAUCUGGGCUAGUGGGUUGAUUCUUAAGCUUGAUUAUGAGAAAACAUAUGACAAGAGUUGUUAGCUGGGAUUUCUUAGGGAAAAGAUUCCCAUCAACCGGCCGAUUACAAUCGCAACGUCCGCCGCCUUAGACACGCGCCACGCGUCCUGUGUGAGGUGAAGCCAUCACCGCUCAUCCCCUUCUUAUCUUCAUUCGUCUACAUCUAGCUGCAUGCUCAGAUGCAUAUCUCAAUCCAAGCGUUGACCUUGUCCAUGACGAGUAGCACCCCAUGGCCGGUGGCCAGUACAGCGGCCUGCGAGUAUGCACUAGCGGCUGAUUUUGUUGAUGCUGGAAGCCGGCCACUCGGGUGCUGCGUGUCGGCCGCGCACGGCUGCCGGGCUGCACCGCCCGCGUCUGCUAGGCACGCCGCCGUUGAAGCCUGCCGUCGCUCGUCGUUCCACGUCAGGACCAUUCGGGAGGAUUAAUCUGUGGGCUUCUCCCACAUGCCAUUCCUGGUGGAGUGGGGCGAAGAUGGCGAAGUAUACGCUGUGUUUUGGAUCUGCUGGGGGCACUGACCAGACAAUGGAAAAUCCUCUGUUCCGAGGCCCAGGAUGCUCUUCUUCUCCGGUGCUUAAGACUCUUGGAUCAUCGAAGAGGGUAGUUGCUUAGGAUCACCCGGAGCCAAUGAGUAGUUGGGGCUGACUGGAAAUAGGAUACCUAAUUCUUAGCUUUGAUCCUUUCUGUUAUCCUAUUCUAGAUCGGUUCCUUUGCUCUAGAAUAAAAGACUCCUUCGGUGAAUGGUGAUACGCAAUGAAUAACUUCAACGUAUGCAAGUGAAUGAAAGUUUAGGUGAAAUUUGCACCA